CUUCCUCUUCCUGCUAGGCUCAGGCUGCAGUGCUGGGCCGCGCCAGUCUCCCGUGCAGAGCCUGAAGCAAGCAUGGAUCAAGAAGCCGUGGGCAAUGUUGUCCUGUUGGCUAUUGUCACCCUCAUCAGCGUGGUCCAGAACGCGUUCUUUGCCCACAAGGUGGAGCACGAAAGCAAGACCCAGAAUGGGCGGAGCUUCCAGAGGACAGGAACUCUUGCCUUUGAGCGCGUCUACACUGCCAACCAGAACUGCGUAGACGCAUACCCUACAUUCCUGGUGGUGCUCUGGACUGCGGGGCUUCUUUGCAGCCAAGCUCCUGCCGCCUUUGCUGGGCUGAUGUACUUGUUUGUGAGGCAAAAGUACUUCGUGGGCUAUCUGGGGGAGAGAACGCAGAGCACCCCGGGCUACAUAUUUGGGAAGCGCGUCAUCCUGUUCCUUUUCCUCAUGUCCCUUGCUGGUAUACUCAACUAUUACCUCAUCUUCUGUUUCGGAAGUGACUUUGAAAACUACAUAAAGACCGUAACCACCACCAUCUCCCCUCUACUCCUCAUUCCCUAACUCUCCGCUGAAUUCAGGGCUGGCACUCCCUGCUAAUCAAUACCUACGAGUCAUCAUAACUCAACCCUUUGCAGGAUUUAGGUCCUCUUUAGAUAGCUGUAAAUCUGAUGACUAGCUGGGCUUCACUGCUUGAGUUAACCUUGCUUUUCCGGGAAGAAAAGAAAUGUCCUAUCAGCUCUGCCCCUCAAACAUGGCAGUGACGCCAGAUUUAUUAUUCAAAUCCAUUCUGUGUAUUGCAUGAUGUACCAUUCUUUCUGAAGAUUUUUUGUGACCAGGUCUAUGUUUUCCUAAAAUAAAAUUCACAGACAAGUCUGA